GGGGGAGAACUAGUCCACUCCAGCCCGGAGGAGUGAGAGGGUGCAGUGCGUUUUUGUACUUUGAUCGCUUGAUAAACAUAUCUCUCGGCAGGUCUUGUCUUCUGCUGGAAUUAGCAAGAGGCAGUCUCUAUCUGAACGUCGCCGAACGACGAUGGCCGCGGGCGCAGACUUCCAGCACUUCGGGCAGCUUUCGGUGGGUCGCAUCUCUCCCGGAGUGCUACGCAUUCAGUUCGGACCCACUUGGCAGCGACGCACCGUUUACGAGCUAAUGAGAGCACUGGAUCUCGCCACUAAAGAUGAAGAUAUCCGGAUAGUGGUUCUGUGUGGAAACUUUUCCAUUGAUUGCGGCGGCGACUCCUAUCCCCUGGAACUGAAGCAGGGGCUGGUGAAAAGAACCCGGCAGCGGGCCUCUGAAGCUAUAGAUCAUCCGGAUCCGGUGGAGGAACAGUACAUACACGAGAAGGCGGCAAACUUUGUGAUGCGCUCGCUGGCCAAGAAGCUUCUGGGCUAUAGAAAACUUUUGGUGGCCUUUGUGGAUGGUCGAUGCCUGGGACUGGGCUUUAGCGUUUCCAGUCUGUGCGACCUGGUCUAUGCCACCGAAUCAGCCACCUUCCAUCCCGCCUUCUCACACCUCGACUCCUGUGCGGCAGUUGGUCCUAACUGGACGCUUCCACACAUCCGGGGGCUGCUGCUCUUGGGCGAGCAAGCGGAUGCUGGAAGUGCUCGGAAUAGUGGCCUGGUGGCUGGCGUUGUUAAGGAUCCCCAGGAGUUUUGGAACCGCAUAGAACAGUAUUCGCAUCUGCCGCCCUCAUCGCUGUUGGCUACGAAGAAGCUAAUGCUCCGACCCUGGCGAGACGCCUUGUUGGCGGAACUGCGCGAGGAAUCCACUCCUCUGGCCUCCCAGCGACGUCGUCUAGCCCGGCCCAAGCUGUAGGAUGUAUUUUGUAGAUUAAAUGGUUUC